UAAGGCCAGCUGGGUUGUGAACUGGUUCACUCACCUCUCUCUCUCUCUCUCUCUCUCUCUCUGAUUUCCCAUUGUAGAUGAACAGUCGUAGACUUAAGAGUCUUCAGAGCUAUGCUUAGUUGAUUGGGUAAUGAUGUAAAGAGAGAGACUUGGGUUGCUUUGCCUUGUUAAAAACUCUUUCUUGCUUGUUGGGUUUGCUUUGUUUUUGUGGGUUGGGGUGUUUUUUUUUAAAAAAUUUCUUUUGAUGGGUACUGAGGGGGAAGAAGUAGUACUGAAAGAGAAGAAAGAUGGGGCAGAGAAUAGAGCAAAUGGGUUGUUGUGCAAUACUUGUAUACACAACUGUACUACAAGCUGGUCUUGUUUCAGAUAUGGAACUAUUUGUGCUUCUUCCAUUGCUUCCUUUAAGUAAAACAUCUUGCUCUCAACACUGAUUUGAGCUAGUGCUAAAGAUCCACCACUAAAAUUUGAAAAAGAGAAAAAAGAAAGAAAGGGGCUUGCUUGAUCUAGUAAGAUCUCUGAUCAAAAAAGUUCGUUUCCCCCUAAGCUCUCACUUGUAGUCAUCAUCAUGAAGAGGCUUGGCAGCUCAGAUUCUAUGGGUGCUUUGAUUUCCAUCUGCCCAACAACAACAGCAGAUGAACACAGUCCAAGAAACAACCAUGUUUACAGCAGAGACUUCCAGUCCAUGCUGGACGGCUUAGACGAAGAAGGGUGCGUGGAAGAGGCCGGCCAUGUCGCCGAGAAGAAGCGCCGGCUAAGCGUUGAGCAAGUGAAGGCCUUGGAGAAGAAUUUCGAGGUGGAGAACAAGCUUGAGCCAGAGAGAAAAGUGAAGCUUGCCCAAGAGCUUGGUCUUCAACCAAGACAAGUUGCGGUGUGGUUCCAAAACCGCCGAGCUCGUUGGAAAACUAAGCAAUUGGAACGCGACUACGGCGUUCUCAAGGCCAACUAUGACUCUCUCAAGAUCAGCUAUGAUUCUCUCCAACACGACAAUCAAGCUCUUCACAAAGAGAUAAAGGAAUUGAAAGCGAAGGUCCAAGAAGAGAACACAGAGAGCAAUCACUCAGUGAAAGAGGAGCAAAUGGUUCUGCCAAAAGAGUCCAGUUACAAAGUGGUAAUGGAGCAGAGCAAGCCACAAUCUCCUGAUACCUCAGGUCCAGUUUCAGAGUCCAAAGAGCUAAACUUUGAGAGCUUCAACAAUACCAACUCCAAUGGAGCAGUGGGAGUAGAAGUGUCAUUGUUCCCUGACUUCAAAGACGGCUCAUCAGACAGUGACUCGAGCGCAAUCCUAAACGAGGAUCAUAACAGUCCCAACGGGACUAUAAACCACCACCACCAGCUCAUGCCAGCCUCCAAUUCACUCAAAUUCAACUGCUCUGCCUCAUCGUCCUCGCCUUCCUCGUCGUCAAUGAAUUGCUUCCAGUUCCAGAAGAGUAGUUAUCAGCCUCAGUUUGUGAAGAUAGAGGAGCAUAAUUUCUUUAGUAGUGAGGAGGCUUGUAACUUCUUUUCAGAUGAGCAAGCUCCCUCACUUCAGUGGUACUGCCCUGAUCAAUGGAACUAAGUCAAAUUACAAAUCCACCCCUCCCCUCAAAAAAAAGGAAAAAAAGAAAAGAAAAGAAAAAAUGGUAUCCAAGUGAGAACCUCCAAGAAUUUUGUAAAAUAGGGAAAGUGGAGUUGUGUAUAAAUGUCCUACUUUGAUCUCCAUUGUAAGAGCAAGAAGGGAAUAUAGUUGAAAAAGUUGGAGCAGAGGGAACUGAAGCAGCAGAGACUCAGAGAGAGAGAGAGGAAGAAUAAGAGAGAAGGGUUCACGUGGGGAUGGGAGGAAGGUGAUGAUCGAGUCAGUCUAAGGUAAGUCUACUAAAACCGUGCGGGGGUAUGAAUGAUUGGGUCGUAAUUGAAAUCUCAGUUGUAAAAAAAGAAAUCUCGGAAACCUUAAGGAGGAGGAAGGAGGAGGUAGAAUUCAUGUAAUGGAGAAAAUAAUCAUUGUGCCUUACUUUUUCCUUCCAUUC